CAACGGCCAGCAGGAGGCAACAGGCAACGGAGAAAAAAUAGUAAACGUCACUACUGUGAGUUGGAAGUUAUGGUGGAAGUAGGAAAAAAGUGACACAAAUUCAAUUUACCCAAAGAAAUUUCGCUCUCCUGCUGUCCCGCUGUGUGCUCUGCUGGCCUGCUGUUGGCCCCUUGGCAAAAAUGUCACCGCCCGGGAAUGGAAUAUUCGUCGUCCGGGGUGAAAUGUCCACCCUGACGACGGCUAUGCGCCGCGGGUCAAGGUGGAGCUUCAACACGUACCAGGAUGAUGACAAGGAUGUACUGCUGAAGAGUUUUCAAGAGCUAAAGGAGGUGCUGCUCCAGGUGGAAGAUCUUCGUCUGGUGGAACCGAACGCUUUUCUUGCUCCGUUCCUGGACGUGAUACGGUCGGAAGAAACGACGGGCCCCGUCACCAGCCUGGCACUGUCAGCCGUGAACAAAUUCCUGUCCUACGGGCUGAUCGACCCAACACACUCGACCCUGGCUGCGACGGUGGAAAACAUUGCCGAUGCGGUAACGCAUGCACGGUUCGUCGGUACGGAUCAAACCUCGGACGGAGUGGUACUGAUGAAGAUCAUACAGGUGCUCCGCACGCUGGUGCUCAGUCCGGAGGGCAGUGCGCUGUCGGAUGAAAGUAUGUGCGACAUCAUACUGAGCUGCUUUCGAUUGUGCUUUGAACCACGGCUGAAUGAGUUGGUGCGACGAACGGCAGAAAAUGCGCUGAAAGAUAUUGUGCUGCUGCUGUUCAUGCGAUUACCACAGUUCGUGGAAGGCGGAAGCUACAACACACUGAAGUCGCUGAAAAUGCGUUCAAGCUCGAUGGAUCAAUCCGGAAAGCGACGAAAGUACAGCAAAUCGAGCAUGAAGGAAGAACCGAAAUCAUCUGCCACAACGAACGUACCUAGCUCUGCGCCAACAGUUCCGAAGAUUGUGACUCCAUCCUGUGCGGAGGAUUCGGCGAAUCAACAAACCGGCCCGGGAGAGGAACCGGUCACGCCGGUAAUGCUUACGGCGCCCAAUCGACUAAAGGCACUACCACUGUCUACCACGCCAGCCACACCGGCCGGUGUUAUCGUUGAUUUGCAGGGCUCUAUUUCUCAAACUCCCAAAGCCCCGUCCACGGAAGCGCCGGUAACGACAGCCGAAGAUGGAAGUUCCGCUAUUGAGGCCGAGUCGGAAACGGUUCCAGUGCAGACGACGGACGAACCGCCGGCACCAACCGAUCCAUCGUUCGUGAAUUCUGUUGGCGUUCGGUUUACCUCACAACAGCCGGACGAGGAAAUUCCAACGGCAGCUAGCACGUCGACGAUUGUACACGUCCCAUACGGAUUGCCGUGCAUACGAGAACUGUUUCGAUUCCUAAUUUCCCUCUGCAAUCCGAUGGACAAGCAAAAUGGGGACGUUAUGAUACACAUGGGAUUAACGCUACUGACGGUAACGUUCGAGGUAGGUGCGGACAGCAUCGGUCGGUACGAUUCGUUGCUCACGAUCGUGAAGGAUGACCUGUGCCGUAAUCUGUUCGCACUGCUCGCCACCGAACGGAUAUCGAUAUUUGCUGCCGGACUGCAGCUUUCGUUUUUACUGUUCGAAGCGCUACGAGCGCAGCUAAAGUUCCAGCUCGAGCACUACCUCACCCGGGUGGGGGACAUGAUCAUGAACGACAGUCCCCGUAUACUGUACGAGGCGCGUGAACUGGCCAUGGACAAUCUGCUCCAGCUAUGGCGCAUUCCGGGCUUUGCAGCUGAGCUGUACAUUAACUACGACUGCGAUCUGUACUGUUCCAAUCUGUUCGAGGACCUAACGAAGUUGCUAUCGAAAAAUACGCUCUCGGCAACACAGGCCAUCUACAGCAUCCACACCCUUUCGAUGGAUGCACUGCUGACGAUUGUCGAUUCGAUCGAAAGGAACUGCGUGCAGGCGAAAAAUGGUCAAAAACCGAAGUACAUGCGCCACUCGCGAAACAAUUCCUACGCUACGGCAAAGAUUGUGCUGGAUGGAUCUGGGAUUGGUACGCCACCGACUCAUCCACUCGUCCGGGAUGGCAGUGGACAGGUAGCUCUCGAGCUGGAAGCUGCUGACCCGGACGAAACGGGUGCAAAUGCAGAACCGGCCGUGCUAGUGGAGAAUAUUAGCAAAUUUCUACACUCUAGUCAAGGUGAUCGAGCAAGUCGGGGAGGAACGAUCGUUGUUGGAGCAUCCGGUGGAGCAGAACCUACCGCCGACGGUACAACACUGCCCGAAGCAUCACCACAAAAGCUUACGCACGCAGAACUGGCAGCAAUCAAGCGCAAGAAGCGACUUCUCACGCAGGGUACGGAUCUGUUCAAUCAGCGUCCGGAAAAGGGCAUUCAAUUCCUGCAGGAAAAUGGACUACUGAAUGCGGUGCUCGAUCCGCAGGAGGUGGCACAGUUUUUGCGUGAAAAUUCUGGCCUAGACAAAAAGAUGAUUGGCGAGUACAUUAGCAAGAAGAAGAACGUGGAAAGCCGCAUCCUGGAGGUGUAUGUGAAAUCGUUUGACUUUGCCGGAUUGACGAUCGAUCAGGCGCUUCGGCUGUAUCUGGAAACGUUCCGAUUGCCCGGCGAAGCGCCAUUGAUAUCGCUCGUGAUGGAACAUUUUGCUGACCAUUGGCAUGAAUGCAACAACGAACCAUUUGCCAAUACGGACGCUGCCUUCCGUCUGGCGUACGCAGUGAUCAUGCUUAACAUGGAUCAACACAACCACAAUGCGAAGCGCCUAAACGUGCCGAUGACGGUUGAGGAUUUCCUGCGCAACUUGCGCGGUUUAAAUGGCAACUCGGACUUUGAUCAGGAGAUGCUUACAAAAAUUUAUCAUUCGAUAAGAAACGAAGAAAUCGUCAUGCCUGCCGAACAGACGGGUCUGGUGCGUGAAAACUAUCUUUGGAAGGUGCUGCUGCGCCGUGGCGCAACGAAGGACGGUAUCUUCCAUCACGUGUUUGGUCCGCAGCACGAUCGUGAGCUGUAUCGCGUUAUUCAGGGUUCAACACUGGCCGCCCUUAGCUUCGUUUUCGACAAAUCACUGGACAAUGUUGCACUGUACCAGAAGGCAAUCGGAGGAUUCACGAAAUCGGCCGCCAUUGCAGCACACUUCCAGCUGCACGGUGACUUUGAUGCGCUCAUUCUAACGUUGUGCAAGUUUACGACGCUCCUAACGCCACCGCCGAAUGAUGCGAACGAAAUCACGGCCAGCGUUAUGUUUGGCCAGAAUGUAAAGGCUCAACUGGCGAUGCGCACCGUGUUCGGGCUGAUACACGAGCAUGGGGAUUGUAUGCGAGAGGGCUGGCGACAUACGACCGAUGUGCUGUUACAGCUGUUCAGGCUGAAGUUGUUGCCCAAAUCCUUAAUGGAAGCGGAAGAUUUUUGUGAAUCAAACGGUAAGGUAACGCUACUACGCGAACCAAACCCACUGCCCAAAACGGAGGCCGGACUGUUCAGCUCACUGUACUCGUACCUCGCGAACGAUGGCCAACGGCAACCUUCGUACGAAGAGCAGGAAGUUAUCAAGCUAUCGCGCAAGUGUAUCCGCGACUGUCAGAUUGAGCAGAUUGUGAACGAGUCGAAGUUUUUGCAGCUAGAAUCGCUCGAGGAGUUGAUAGGAUGUUUGUUGGCAAUGAUUGUACCACCCGAGGCCCACAAAUCUACCGCCCCAUCGUACGGUGAAUGUACGGUGGUGUUUUUGCUCGAGCUGCUCGUCAAGGUGCUGAUACAGAAUCGCGAUCGGUUGCUACCGGUAUGGGGCAGAGUGCAGGAAAAGCUUUACACCCUGCUGGUGGGUGCGUCAACGAACGAGUAUACCUAUCUGCUACAGCGCACGACCGUUGCCCUGCUCAAGCUGGCCAUCUAUCUGAUGCGCAACGAAGAAAUAUGCUCCACCAUUUUGCAGAGUUUGCGGAUGUUGCUGGCACUACGGCCCACCGUUAUACUGGCCAUCUCGAAACCGAUUUCGAUCGGUAUGUACGAACUGCUGAAAACCAGUGCCCAAAACAUUCACACCGAGUCGGACUGGGUGAUUGUUUUUACCGUGCUGGAGUGUGUCGGGGCUGGAGCGAUGCCACCAGAUUACUCCGUCGAGCAGCAGGUUAGUGGUGCCAAAUCGGACGGUGCGUUAAGUAGCGAGGAAGAUUCUGGUCUACCCGAUCGUGGAUACAUUUCCGACUCCGAACUGAGCACGGCCACGCUACCGCUGGUAAAACCGGUAGCGGCCGCAUCCUCUCCAGCACCACUGCCGAGCAGUCCGACAGCGGGCGAUGCCUGGAUAAUGGUCCACAAGGAUGCAAUCGAGCUGAUACCGGGAGGAUCCGGUGGACAGUCGCCGGCGGCCUCCGUUCGUCAUUCGAUUCAGUAUCACUGCAAGCUGCUGGAACACUCGCCCUUUGCGCUGGUAAAAUGUUGGGAAAGUUUAGCGUUUAUCGUGCGCAACGUUGCCCACAUCACGCCUUACAAUUUUGAGAGUUGUGUACGGUGCAUUCGUACCUUUGUAGAAGCGUCCAUGAGCCAGGUACAUCAGCAGCAGCACGCGCCGCGUGACUAUCAGUCGAAUAAAAGGAAACCUGGAUCGGCAAAGGAACGUCAGCGGAAGCGUGAAGGUGCAGCUCACCAGGGUGGUGCCGGAAUGUCCUCCUCUUCAUCGUCAUCGCUCGCAAUGGACAGUAGCGAUAGCGAGUCGGAAGAGUUGCCCGAGCGUUAUCAAUCGAUAUCGAUACAGCUGCUCGAUCUGAUGCACACGUUGCACACACGCACGGCCCAGAUCUUUCGCUGGUGGGCCGAAGAGGGUGGUGCUGUGCCACAAUGCGCCUCCCUAUGGUCACAGGGUUGGUGUCCGCUGUUGCAGGGUAUAGCGCGGCUUGCAACGGAUCAUCGACGGCAGGUGCGCACUAGCGCCAUCACAUGUCUGCAGCGCGCUUUACUCGUCCAGGACCUUCAGACACUGACCGGAUUGGAAUGGGCGGGAUGUUUCAAGCAGGUGCUGUUUCCCUUGCUCCAAGAGCUGCUGCAGGAAAAAGCGACCGGCCCCGUCGAGGUGUCACUACUCGAAGAAUCCCGCAUUCGAACGGCCACAAUCAUGUCCAAAGUGUUUCUGCACCAUUUGACGCCGCUGAUUGCGUUGCCCAACUUCCAGGAGCUGUGGCUAGAGAUAUUGGACUAUUUCGAACGGUUUAUGACGGCCGGUUCGGACAUGCUAUACGAGGCAGUUCUAGAAAGUCUCAAGAACAUGCUGCUCGUAAUGCAUUCGGUUUGUGUGUUUCACAACACGGACGGUGUUACGCAUUCAAUGCUAUGGGAUGUCACUUGGCAGCGGAUAUCCGGCUUUUUGCCCAAUCUCAAGGAUGAACUGUUCAAACACGAAGCCGUACGAUCAUCGGUUAGUAUUAGUGGUGGCAGUAGUGUGGGAACAGGGCAUGCGAGCUCCGGAGCUCCUCACACGGGUCCAACAGUUCCACCGACACUUGCCGGAGAGCAACAACACAUUCUAGAAGGAGGUCAAAUCAACAACAGUUCAGCCGUUUCGGAAAGUAUUAAUCCACGUGUUGUGCUUCAUCCAGUACCGGUAUUGGUGUCCGCUUCUUCACCACCGGAUGCGUUCGUUCAGCAUCCACCACAAGCUGUCAGUCAUCCGUUGUCGUCGACAGUUGAAGUGCAUCGCACGCCGGUCCACCGAGUUGCUCCAAACAAUUUGCUUAUGAACAACACUGCAACGAGUGAUUUCAAUGCACUUCCAAUAGUUUUGCCACGUGUCACCACAUUACCACCACCGUCAGAAUUACCGCUCACCGGUCAGGAGGACACUUCUUUGAACGUACUGCUGUCGUCUCCCACACGAGAUGCCAUAGGGCAGCAAAAUCCAACGCCCAUUGCUUCAAACAUCAUAGAACUGCCCGGUUAUCCGGGACCGGUUCAUAAACAAAAUUUGUCAACGAACAGCACGCUGGACGCUAAACCGAGCGAACCGGAAACCGAUCCUUCGAUACUGCCGACUGCCGCAAUGAUUCCCGAUCUGGAAGCUGGGAAUGUUCCAUUGAGUCAUCGUUUGGCAGGUUCACAGUAUCCUUCGCUGCAGCACGUACCGAUCGGUAUUGCUCAAAGCUUUGCACCGAUUUUCGUCCAACCGAAUCCCGUACCGGCGGAAGCAUCCGAUAUCUACUCGGACUACAUCAACGAUCCGUACAAUCUGACACUGCAAAUCGACAACGGUAGUGCCGGUAAUAAUGUUCCGUCGCACGUCGCACCUGCACCGAGCCAGGAAGAAAAAUCGAGCCCGACAAUGAUGACAACAACGGCAACGACGACGACGACUACGACGCCAUCGACGUCUGCUCAGUUGGCAAACGUAUUUCAAUCGGCGCAAUAUUUUAGUUUCCCGGCGAGUGGCCAUAUACCGCCCGGAUCGGAGAUGCUUUUCGGUGAACCGUAG